AUAACGCACGACCGCCGCUGGCCCAGAUACGCACCUCCCAUUCCCAUCACACCCUUAGUUCAGGCCCAGGUCCCAGCAGACGUCCCAUUCUCGAACAUCGAAGCCACUCCCAUGCACACACCGCAUCCCCCCGGUCUGACCACUUGCCUUCCUCUUCCUCCUACACCGGACGUUACUCAGCAGCACUCUCUGGCGAACCGCCAGCCAGGCCAACACAAGGCCGCCAAUGGUCCGUCUUUGAACAGCUCAUGGAAGACGAGGGCCAGCUUCCGAGCACCGCUGCUGCUGCGCGACAACGCUUCGCGUCCACAAGGUCCGCCACCGGCAGCUUCUUCCUCCAUACCCCUUCACGCGAUGCCUCGGCGGCAGCGAGCAUCAUCGACGACCACCUUGUUUCAUCGCCAACACGUGACCUGCGCAGUUCUGCAUUCUCUAGUCGCGUUCCCUCCCCAGACCCUGACAGUCCCUUCGCGAGCCCAAGGCUAGACGCGGUUUCCUCAUCGCAAACGGUUGCAGGCACAGAAUCGCCAGAUCGGAAGACAUCGACCAAGUCGUGGAUGCCACAGUGGGCGAAGAUCCCGACAAUCCCGGUAGUCUGGCGCAACGUCCUUAAGUGUAUAGUUGCCUACUAUCUGGCAUCCCUCUUCACGUUCGCCCCUCCACUCUCGGCCCUUCUGAGUGAUAUCACCACGUUGGGGAAAGACCAGGGUUUGCCUUCUCCGUCAGGACACAUGGUUGCUACGAUAGUGGUGUACUACAAUCCUGCUAAAACCCUCGGUGGGAUGGUCGAGUCGGAUACGUUCUGCCUCAUUACGCUCGUCUACAGCUCCAUCGUCUGCCUCUGCAGUGUCUCCAUGUAUUGGUGGUUCGAGGUCCGCGCCGGGUGGGAGUGGCUUGCCGACGUGCUAGUCAUCCUCUGGAUCGGCGUCAGCUGGUCGGGGCUCUCGUAUAUGAAGGUGUGGAUGAGCAAGCCAACGUUCAAUACUGCGGUCAAUAUGGGGACGAUUAUCAUGUCUAUUGUCAUCGUAAAAGCCGGCGGCCCAGCCACCCUACUCCGCGUCUGCCUUAUCGUUGUCAUCGGCGUAUGCAUCACCAAUCUUGUCUCCGUCAUCCUCUGGCCCCAAAGCGCAACCCGAAACCUGCAAAGCACUAUGACGAAAACACUCGAUUCUUUCUCGACGCUCCUCGAGAUGCUCACUUCCACCUUUCUCCUUGAAGAGCCUGCCGCCGGCACAUCUCACCAGCCCUUACAAGCGCAUGAGAAGCUACAAAAGGCUGUCGAGGCGCACCAGGCGAGUUUCACGAGCCUGAAGCGUAUCCUCGGCGAGGCAGAGUCGGAGUGGCUCGGCGGCCUGAGUGGGACGCACCGUGCGCGAACGCGAAGGGCGUAUGAAGACGCGGUGGCGAGCCUCACUCGGCUCGCGCAGCAUCUGAAUGGGCUCAGGAGCGGGACGAGGCUGCAGUUUGAGCUUGCGAAGGGGGAGAGGGACGGGAGGAUCAUGUUGAGGAGAGGGGCAAAUGCGAGCAUGACAGCCAGUGUUGCGAGUAGUGUCGUUGGGCAUGGAGGCGGAGAUAGAGGGCAUGAUGGGAGAAGUGGACCAGAGAGGGUGUCGAUGAUGGGCACGGAGGACGGCGAGGAGGCGUUGUUGCAGGCUUCGGCGGAUAUGUUUGGGGAUUUGGUAGAUGAUCUUGGGCCACCGAUGAAGGCUCUUACGCUCACAUGCACUAAUUCGAUCGAUCGCCUCCGCGACGCGUUCGCGAGCAGCCACACCACGAACCCAAAUCAGGCACAACAGGCACAGCUGAUGCAAGCGCAGGACUUCCAACAGACUAUCGAGCACAUUGAGCGCGCCCUGUUCACGUUCGAGAGCACGUCCAACCACGCAGUCAUGCGCAUCUAUCGGCGCUCGGACCUACCCCAAGUCGGCGAUUCGGACAGGGAGGGAGAGGGCGUGAAUCCGUUCAUGGCCGGGUCUGCAGAUAAUGAAAGCAUCUUUUUGGUGUAUUUCUUCAUCUUUACGCUUCAAGAAUUCGCAGGCGAGCUUGUCUCGCUCGUAGAUGCCAUGCGCCGCUUGUACGCGUGCGAGCAGAGCCGCGCCGCCCGCGGCGGAUUCUGGAAGCGGCUCAUGCCCACGCGGCUGCUCAAGCGCCUGUCGAAGGCACGGAAGAUACCCAGACCGGGAGAUGAGAGGACAAGGCGCGAUGCGUUCCAGCAUCGGUUAUCGACUUUCUUCAAGGCCCCCGAAACGCACCACCGCAAGGUGUCUUUCCCCCAGUUCAAGCCGCACGCGCCCAAUACAAUCUUGACGCCCAACCGCGCGAACCUGCCGUUCCUGGGGCGGCUUAAGCGCCGCCUGUGGGAAACGCGUGAAAAACUGAAAGGGAGGAACAUCAAGUUCGCGAUCAAGAACGGGAUCUCGCUUGCUAUUUUGGCAUCGCCGGCAUUUUUUGAUAGGACUCGGCCAAUGUUCUUGGAAUAUAGGGGGGAGUGGGCACUUGUUUCGUAUAUGGCGGUCAUGUCUCCGACCAUUGGGGCGACGAAUUUUGCCAGUUUUCAUCGAUUCUUUGGUACUUUCUUUGCAGCAGGUAUUGCGGCAGGUGUCUACACACUUUUUGCACACAACGCAAUCAUGCUCUCCCUCUGCGGUGUUGUUUUCUCCACGCCCUGCUUCUACUUCAUCGUUGGGAAGCCUGCGUACGCGACGACGGGCCGGAUGGUGCUUCUCACGUACAACCUCACAUGUCUGUACACAUACAACAUCCGGUCGAGGGGUGACUACACACGCUCGGUUUUGGAUAUUGCAUAUCAUCGGUUCGUAGCGGUGACGCUGGGGCUUGUGUGGGCGGCGAUCGUGUCGCGGUUUUGGUGGCCUGCGGAGGCGAGGAGGGAGCUAAGCAAUGCGCUUGGAGAGUUUUGUCUCAACAUCGGAUGGCUAUACACCCGGCUCGUCGCGUUCAACUCGGGCGUGAGCGACAUCACAGACCUCUUCGACGCCGACAGCGACACUGAAGACGACGAUGACGCUGAAGAGGCUCACUUACUCAAUGCCAGCAACCUCGACCACGAUCACGAGGCGGGGAUGCCGGAUAUCCUUCCUAAAGCUGCCCGUGUCAAGCUGAGCAACUCAAUCGAAGACUUCAUGGCGAUGGAGCUUCACCUUCAGAUCAAGCUGCUUGAGCUGCAGGACCUCCUCGCGCAGACGGUGCACGAGCCCCGUUUGAAGGGCCCGUUCCCGGUGCUCAUGUAUCGUUCGAUCCUGACCAGUCUGCAGAGCACACUGGAUAAACUGCAUAGUAUGCGAUGUGUUACGACGCGUGAGGAGUGGUUUACUAGCGUGCGCAGAGACUUCAUCUUGCCGGUGAACAAGGAACGGCAUGAGAUGGUGGGCAACAUCAUUUUGUACUUCUCCACGCUCGCGUCCGCCUUCCGCCUCAAGGCGCCGCUGCCGCCGUAUCUGCCUCCGGCCGAGCAAGCCCGUCAACGUCUGGUGGAAGCAAUCCGACAACUGGACGUCGUCAAGAACCGGGACGCGAAGGCCUCGCGACAGCUUCUCUUCUUCGCGUAUGCGUUGACGAUGAAGGGCGUGACGCAGGAGCUUGAGUUCUUGGGGCGGACGCUGCAGGAAGCAUUUGGCGUGAUUGGGCAAACGAGCGAGGAAUUCGGGGCAUUGUUUAUGGCUUGACGUGAUGCUGCUUUCUUGCUAUACCCGGAUAUGCUUACGACUUGUAAUGAGUACCACGCAUGUUUGAUGUCCACAAUUCGGAGUGGUGAGUGCGACUGAUAGGCCACAGUGCUACCCAGUUUGUACAGUUCCGCUCGUACCGAUUGAGUCCUAUUCAUAUCAUAC